AUGGCAUCUUUCCUAGACCAGGCUAGCCUGCUAAAGACAGCUGCUAUAGAGAAGGUGGUGGCCCCCAUCGCAGUACACCUGGUCCACCUGGUCCUGCUGUGUGAGAGGGCAGAGGGGCUGGAGGGACCAGAGCAGUUCACCCAGCUAGAGGGAGAAGCCCAGGCUGUGGCCAGAGCCACCAUGAACAUGGCCGCCGUUGCCUACAGACGUUCAGAAGCCUCAGAUGAUGAGGUAAUGAGGACAAAGAUGUCAUCCCUAGUGGAGCCGAUGACUGUGUCUGGACAGCAUGUCCUCCUGGCAGCCCAGAAACUCAGUAUCCAGCCCAGCCUAGCCGAGCACAGAGAGGAGCUCAUCACUGCAACACAGAAUGUUCUGCUAGGAGUGGUCAAAAUACUUUCAGUGGAAGAUGAUGCAACUGUGAGAAAGACCAUAGCGGCUGCAGACUGGGUGUUGGACUGCCUAUCCUCUCUAGCUUCCUCCCUGGACAUCCUAUCUCUACUGAAGGCUUUCCAUCGUUUCACUGAGGCCCUGAUUCUCCUGAACAACCUGGUAGUGGAACGGGCUGAAGCCCUGCAGGAUCCUAGGCAGACGGAGCACUUGCACAACUCUUUGGACUCCUUGAAGAAAUGCAUCUCUAUGCUUCACACGGCUAUGGUCACCACUAUCAAACACCGAACCAGUGAGCAGGCCCAAGCCGCCAAAACGUACAUUCUGGACAGGGUGAAAAGCACUGUGAAAGACAUUGUAACUACACUCAAGAGUUAUUGCCGUAGAGGUGGUGUUGCCUUAGGUCCGUGUGGGUACUACAUUGACAGGCGUGAUGCUUUGAUAAGGCUACUGGCCAGUUCUUCCUCCUCUUCCUCGAUCAGUAACGUUGACAGCCUCUUAAGAGAUCUUGUGUUCCACUGCAUGGUGGUGGCCAACUCCUCACAAAGGGAGCUUCAGCACUGUGUGGUGGAUCAUUGCCGACAUGUCCUACAUCUCUGGUCAGAAAUGUCCAGGCUUGUAAAGCUUCCAGAGAAUCCUGAUGAUGAUAACCUGAACCAGCAUUUACAGAGUAUCUGUUUUUCACUGAUGCAGCAAAUCCAGAAUCUUGACAGUGCUAUGAUGACUGCAGUUCUCUAUCAAGUUCUGGACACGUUUGUUACAGGGUCAAGUCCACUCGAAGAUCUGGUGAAUAUGGUUGGACAAGUCUUGGAGAAUGAUUCAGUUGAAGAGUUGCCGGUAGAUCCAGUUUCUAUCCGUGUAUUGCUCAUGGAUCUUCUAACACAGGCUGAUAGGAUGAUCCAGGUUGCAAGUUUCAUCUCGGCUUUCGCCACGGAUUCUAAGAGUCUAGAAAAUGUGGAGAACUCAAGGGCAUGCCUCACGCGUCUGAAGGCUGAGAUCGAACCUCUUGCACUGGAGUUGGAUAAAGACGGUUCAGACUUAGAGAACUGCUUUGAGGCCGUGCAGAAACUCCACGAUCUGUGUGAGAGAUGGGAAGAGGAGACCGGUCAGCUGCAGGAUGCUCUUUGUGACAUCAUCGAUGUUAGAGAAUUCACUAGCUUGGCAGUUCACGAGAUGGCUAACGACCAGUGUGGAUGCGACGCGGCGUAUAAAGCCCAGAACCACAAACUGUUCAGAAAGCAUGCUGAUGACCUUAUCUCCCACACAAAACAGGUGGUUCACUCUGUUAGAAGACACGUAGACAAGAGUGACAACCCCAUCUACCGCAAUGGACUCCUAGUUCUGUUGAAACAGGUCGAAGUGUCACAGGCCAAAGUGGUCGGAUCUCUCAGAGACAUGUGCUCUGGUUCCAGUCUUGAUGUGAAUGUAUACUCUGUCUUUUCAGAUCAAGCAUUUGUGGUGAUCCAGCACUUUAGAGUGUUAAGAGAAGGGCUGGAUGGACAGCAACAUCCACACCUCCUCAGUCCACUGCGAGAGGCUGCACGCCAGAGCAUAGUCUCAUCCUCAGUCCAAGCAAACAAUCAGGUUCAAGGAUCAGCUAUGGAUCAGGAAAUAAGAGACCUUGGCCUUCAGUUUCCUGUUCUAGAUGUUUCAGAAAGGGAUUCACCAGUUGAAUAUAAAGUUGAGUUCUCAGAAAAAGAAAUUAGAGAGCCUAUGAUGGUAGACAAAGACUUCAAUGAUGAUUUAAAGGGGCCAGCUGUUUCAGGUGAAGCGAAUCCAAUCCCAAAGCCUCUUGAUUUCGACCUUUUGCCCCUCUUGUAUAAGGUUGUGACUGUGACUAAAGAAAAAGAUGUAACGGUCCUCAGCAAAGCCUGUACAGGAGUUCUCAAGCUUUCAAAUUGUUACGCUCAGGCUGUGAAAGAAGCUUCAACUAUUGUUGAUGCUGUCGAUAGUCAGACAUUGGAUAUCUUCAGAUCAGAGUUAGUGGCCCUGACGCCUCAGUUAGUCCAGACAGCUCAGGAGACUGCGAUGAGCUUAGCUAUGAGCACGGACAGUCUCUACAAACACAGUACACUGUUCUCUGACCUGAUCAACAACAUCAGGAAAGUGCUCUUACCAGCUGCUGGAACCUGGUACCAUGCCGUUUAUUCAAUGUUUCAAGGUCGUCCACGAAACAUGGCCGCCCCUGCCAUUUCUCAGGAACUCAGCAAAGUCAUGAGUUUGUGUGCCGAUGUGGUGCAACUGUUGACGUCGUCUGACAUAACGCCACCAAGUGACUCUCAGGAGAGCUUUACAGUUUUGCACAGCAAGCUGAUCAAAGCCCAUAACAACACCAGAGAGCUGACAGAACUUGCUAGCUCAUCAACAUCAGGUCAGGCAGAUCAAAUUGAGGGGCCUUGUAUUCUGUGGGCACUGUCAGUCCAAGUUUUACUGAAUUCUUUGGAUAAGAUUUUAGGAACAAGGGAAACAUUGAUGAGACAGUUGACCCCUCAGAAAAGGUUGGCGGCCAUGUCUGAGAACUCACUGCGAAUCCAAGAGGCAGCGAGACUGACUAGCGUGAAUUGUAAAAGCGCCUACAAAGUGAAAACGUUGACACAACUUCAGGGGGAAUUAAAGACUCUCACUGAGGCAUACUUACAGGUAGCUGAGGACCUCUGCAUUGUAUCUCUCUCAGGCAUCCUCCAGUUUGCCAGGUCAGAAGUUCUACAAAGACAGCUUCUGAUUAAAAUGAGGGUGCUAUCCGGCCACUUGAACAAAGCAAAUACGGACUAUGUCACCGCAAUUCAAAAUAUCGUAAACAUUGCUUAUAAGGCUUCCAAGCACCACAAAGAUAACAAGACAUCCAAGGAGGCCCAAGAAACAUUUGAGACUGCUGCAGAGAAGCUUUUCGAGAACGCCAAAGCUGCUACCAAGAGGGUUGAAGACUGUUUCAACUACAUUCGCAACCCUCGUGCUCGGAUUAACCUGAGGUCCAUCAACGAUCAUCUGUCCUUCCAGAUCUCGGAUAUAGUGAGCCGAGCCAGGCUGGUAGUGGAGACCCACUGUAUCUACGACACUCUCAGUCUGGAGAUCCAGAUACAGUGCUGGUCGGCCAAGGCACACUUUUUAGCCGAGGAAAUCUAUAAGGUGGAUGGGCUAAGCCAGGAGGCGAAAGAACAUGUCAAGGUUGGUCUGCAGGGUGGAACACCAGGAGAUUGCAAAGAAGGGAUGACUGAGAGCAAUCUUUCUCCUACUCUAAAGAAGAUUGAUUACCAACCAGACAUUGCACCCUGGCAGACAACCAAUCCAGAGAAUAUAAAUACCACAGAACAGAAUUCCAGUAUCUGUGGUGCAACGCUCAAAUAUGAACCUGCGAUGGCAACAAAACAGUAUGAUGCCCCAAGGUCUGCAUUCUUCAGAGACACCCUAUCCCUGACUUACCUCACCCCUUCCCUCACCUACACCACAAUCACCCCAUCUCUUACCUACACCGCCUUGUUCCUCAAACAAGAGACAGACAGGUGGGACGCUCGGGGCAACCGUAUCGUUCAGGUAACCAGGGAGAUUGCAGACCAGAUCUACCACAUGGCCCAGUACCUGAGGAGGAAAGGGCCCAUACUGAGCAAAGAGAUGUUUGUCAACACAGCAAAAGGCGUGGUCUCAAAUUGCCAAUACAUCACCCACUUUGUGAGGGUCAUAUCAAACCACUGUCUGGACAAACAGUGUACUGCUGAACUGUCUCUCAGAGUGGAACAGAUUCUCACCAUCACCAACCAACUCACUAUCAUCUCCAGUGUUAAUGCAUUGACCCCUGGAAGCAAGUCUUCAGAUGAGAUCCUUGUGAAGAAUGCCCAGAACCUGCUGCAGAUAGUUCUGCAUGGGGUCAGAGCAGCAGAGACAGCCUGCAUCAAGGGUUUGAAACAGCCGGAGCCCAACUCAGAUGGGGUGGAGGCAGCAGAGCUCUGUUUCCAGUGGAAGAGGAACCUACAAAUACACCGAGCCCAGCAGAACUGUAAUUCAGACACGGAUGAUCUUGGCCUGAGGAGAACCUCCCAGCACAGAGAAUCCCCCAGCCUGGCCCCUCCUAUUCACAUACAGAAACAGGGAUUCAAGUGAACGUGUCAAACCCCAUGGACUGGACACCAGGAACUACUUGUUGCUACCAUGUAAACAUAUGGAUCAUGUCCACAGGACACACAACUUGAGGGAAAUGUAAUGAAAUAACUUCCAGUGUCCAGCACUUUGUUCCUAUGACAAAAGUUUUGUGACCACAUUUCUUAAAUACUAGAUAUGUUAGCAAGCACAUGAUGUGCAAUGCAUUACACUUCAUAGAAAUGUUUGGCUGUAAAGGCUAUUUUGAAAAUAGCAAAAAGUUUCAUAUCAAGGAAUGUGUAUUUGAAAUAUUUUGGGCAUCAGAGCAAUCUUGAGGGAAUCCUAUUUGUGUCAGAAAAGGAUGUUCAUAUGAUAGGUAAGAUAUACAAAACUUGCAGAGAUCCUAUCCAACUGACAAUCUCUGACAAAAAAAUAUAAACUAUUGGAACCAAGACUUAAAAAUAACUGAUUUGGUACAAGAUGGAGGGAAUGUUGGAACAUAACUAACGAAAUUACAGUUAACAAAAAUGUACGCUUAAUCCAGUAUAAACUAAUUUUUUAAAUUUAUUACACGAAACAAAAUUCACAAAUUCUACAGCACAAUGGCAGAGUCAUGUCUUAAGUGUAAAACGAACAAUGACUCCAUAGUCCAUGCCUUCUGGGAAUGCUUUAAAGUCCCAAAGUUAUUGGCAGAGUUAGAAAGUUGGCUGUCAGAAGUAUUAGAACGUAAAUGUACUUUUAAUCUGUCUGCAUAUUUCAAGACAUGGCAUAUGAGGGUGCAGUGAGAUACCCGAUGGGUUGGACGAUAUUUUUCUCGUCAAUUAUCUUGAAAAGAUGUAUAGUUACAAACUGGAAAUCAACCAAUCCUCCAUCGUUAACACAGUGGAAAAGUAAAAUCCUUUAUUAUCUAAAUGUUGAAAGUGCGUGGGUGGAGAGAAACAAAAUGAUGCAGUUUGAGGCCAUGUGGCCUGGCGGAGAGUAUUGCUGGAGAUGGGGGUGUGAGAGGGUCUAGGCAGGGGUGAUGUUGUGGAUGUUUGUGACUGUAUAUUGUUCUUUGCAUAUGGAUGUU